UGGGCGCUCGCGGUGUACGUAUCUUUUCGUAGUACGCGCGGGGUAGUGUUUUUCGCCCCCUUCUCUACCUCUCUUUCCAUCCUCUUUCCCCCUCAUCUUCCGCUUUCCCACGUCAUCCGUAGUAGUAGUCGUAUCGUUCGAGCGGGGCGACAGUGAUUUUCCGCGCGACGCUCGUACACACCCGGCGUCGCGCGACGCGUCGGGCACGUGCCCCGAGCGUCGCCGAGCGGGGCUCUCUUUCUCUCUCGCGAGGAUCGGAAAGGACGAUCCCGAAAGCGGAGCACGUCUCCUCGGGACGUCGCGCGCGCGGCUCCGUUCUCGCUCUCUUUCUCGGUGCGUUUGUUUUGACAUGUGUGUGAGCUGCCAUAUUGGAUUACCGCAUCGCCGCUGCUGCUGUUCCUGCUGUCGCAGCCGUCGUCGCUGCGGGGCCGACAGGCACCAGGUGGGAUCUCGCCAUUGAGAAAGGAGGAUCUACUCGACAGAUUAGACAUGGAACCCAUCACAACAAUUGCGCGGUACAGUUAAGAUCGGCCGGUUGAUGCCUGAUGGCGCGGGCUGGAACGCAACGCUGGAGAAAUCCUGCUCCAGAAGGUGACGAUGUGCAACGAUCGAUCGAGCUGCUGGACAAGGUGCUCUCAGAGUACGACGAGCACGACGCGGAGGGCGAAGGUGGCGGCAGCGGCAGCGGCGGUGGCGGCUGCGUCGGCGGCGGGGGUAGCGGGGGCGUCGGGGAUUGCGGCAGCAGCACGGAACCGAGUAUUGGCCUCACGCCCGACGACGAGAGUCCGUCCUUAGGACACCAAUCCGAGGACGACGGUUACAUGAGCAUGAAUGGUCGGAAGGCGAAGAUGGCACUGGUAGCAUUACGUCCGGUUCCGGACUGUCCGGAGCCGCAGGAUCCCGCGGGCGUCUCCACGCAGGAGUUCCCGCCGCCCCCGGAGGAGGCCGAACGUAUUAUCUCGACUCUCCUGCCGAUGGUUUCCCCGGGAAACUCGUCGAAGAGGAACGUCGUCGUCGGGCAGAACUCGGAGCGGCGGAACGCCGGCCGGCAGCAGCAGUGGAUGGUCGCUGUGGAGGAUAGCAUGCGGCACGGAAACGCCGUUACCACGCAGACCACCCUCCCUAUCCCUUCCCCCGUGAGAGGAUGCGACCACCUCGUGGUGACCGCGGCCGAUGUAUUUCCGCAGCCGAAGACCCGGCACCAGCGGCCGUACGGCUGGGAGAACGGCACGGUGGAGUCGCUGCGACUGGCCCAGCCGCCGAGUCCGCCCAGCAAGUUCGCCAGUCUGCCGUACGACGGCAAGGUGUCCUUCAACUGGAUCCCGCCGCGGACGAAUCCGAGCGCGGUGGAGAAGCACCGCGAGGUGCGCCGCCGUUCCUCGGAGGAGUGCCUGGAGGACCGGCAUCAGAGCCCGGAGUGCGCGUCUCACCUGAUGAUGAGGAAGCAGCAGCGGCAGCCGCAGAAUCACGAGAUCAUGAAGUCGAGCAGCGUGGAGGACCGGCUGCUGAUGAACAGGCCGGAGAACAGAGAGUCGUCGUCGUCGUCGGCGCAGCGGCGGCGCAACGACUCCGACUCGAGCGAGGGCAGGUUCUCGAGGAACUCCGAAUCCGAGAGGUCCUCCAUACCGCGCUCGAGCUCGGUCAGCGUCGAGCGCUUCUCCAUGCGCGCCAACUGCGACUCGUCGGACUUUUCGCGCGCCAACUCGACGUCGAACGAGCGCUUCCACUCGUCGGACUUCUCGAUAGCGGUCGCGAGCGCGAGCUCGAACGACCACGUCUCGGUGCCGAGCUCCGAUCCGUUCUCCAUCCGCAACCUCGACUUCGUCUCCUUCUCGUUGCCGCGCGCCGACUCCAGCGAGCGUUUCUCCGCGCCCACGUCCGACCGUUGCUCCGAGGGACGUUACUCCGACCUCUUCUCCACGAGGAACUCGGACCUGUCCGCGCGCAACUCCGCCGACUUCAGGACGCAGUCCGACGAGGAGCGCUUCUCCGACGACUCCCUGGAGGAGCUGUUGCCGCCGCCGCCGCCCAUCAGCAAGAGGCACUCCAUCGCGUGGGAGGUGUCCCUUGAGGAUGAUCCACUGUACGCGCCCGGCAGCACGAAGGUCGUCGGCAGGAGACGGCGGAAGAGCAGCGACGUGUCGAGCGUCGGGUCCGCGUCGAAGCUACGCGACUUCGACGACUGGCAAGACCCGCGGCUGUCGACCACCGACGACGACCUGGUCUCUCCGUACUCGGACUCGUCGACGAACGAACUCGACCAGAUCCGGCCGCAGGACUUGACGAAGAACGGCACUUACGUGAUACGCCGGGGCCGCAAGAAGGAGCGCAAGGUACUGCCGAAGACCCCGACCAAGACGAAGAGCCUGUCCUUCGAGAACGGCGAGGAGAGCCGGCUGUCGGACGUAAAGCGGUACUCGAGCACUUUCGAUAACAUCAAAAGCCUGCUGAAGGAGGGCAAGCUGGAGGGCCUGGACGAGCCGCCGGCGGAGUUCACGGUGCCGGUGCCGCCGCCCGACCUCAUCAGGGUGGUGUCGAUGCCGGCGAUCAACAACGAGGCCGGCAGCCGGGCUCAGCUGGAGAUCACCGUCGAAGAGGAGGAGUCGUCCGAUAUGUCCGAGAAGGACAAAGAGCGCAACAACGUGGAGCUACCUCGGCUGCCGUCGCCGAUCGAGGACGAGGACCGGACGGAUCGUCCUCGCGUGGGGGACCAGUCGAGAGACUGCAACGGCGCGCCGCUGCCGUUCUCGAUGGAGCCGGGCAAGUCGUGCGCGCCGGAAUCGAGAAAGGGCAGCGAGCAGCGGCUGGUCUCCAAGAUCCCGGUGAACCUGCUGAUCGAGGACCAGAUCGUGAAGAAGGCGCUCAAGGAGAAUCGCCGGCAGCUGGAGAAGGUCAGCGACGCGAUCAAGGAGAUCGAGAACGUGAGGAACAGCGAGUCGUACUGCAGCGAGAGCAAGCGCUGGCGGAACGGCGACGUCAAGCAGAACAGCUCGAAGCGCAACAGCUUCGAGAGCAACGAGCCGGAGCGGAAGCCGGCGGACGGCAGUCCGUACGACAGCAGGAGCUGCCGGAAGCAGCAGCACGGCUCCGACUCCUCCGAGGCCUCCAAGACCAGCUCGGACGCGGACUUCGCCGAGCGGAGGAAACCGAACGGCGGCACCGACGUCGUCUACUCGUCCGGCAGGCGGUUGCGCCAGAACGGCAUCGAGAACCACAAGAACGACCAGAAGCAAAUCGAGAACGUGAUCGACGCCAUCCUGGAGGACUCGAAGAACCCGGAAUUCCAGGUGAGCGUUGAGGUGAUGGAGUUCCCGCCGUUGCCGCCUUCGCCCGUCGAAGAGGCCGAUGAGGAGAGCUCGGACAUCGGUCAGAGCUCGGUGAUGCCGCCCAAGUCUAAGAGCCACGGCGGCAGCAACAGGACCGUCGAGUACAGGCCGAGGGUGCCGCCUCAUCGCACCCCGGUCGGCGACUCGAAGGAACAGGCUUCCUUGAAUACCAGGUCCAUGGACGCCGGCUUUGCUAGGGGGAGACGCGCGCCGGCCGCCAAUAACUCCAGGCGAGAGGUACCCGUUGAGCGAAGGACUCUGCCCACCGACCUGCCGGGACCAUCCCGUCGCCGGCCGUUCACCAAGAGGCAUUCGCCUUCGGCAGAGGCGUGCUCGUCGUCCGGCGGCAGCGGCAGUGGCGGCGGCGGUGGAACCGGCAGCGGCAGCGUCACCACCGGCACCGCAUCCGGGAUGCAGACGUCGUGCUCAUUGCCGGAGACCCCGGUGUUCGCCAGGGGCAGUGACAUCCCCCGAACGCCGCAACACGCCGGCAACCCCACGCAGUCGAGGCGGCAACCACCCGGCUGGUACGCACCUACCACAGCUACCGGUUACCGGCGGAACAAUCCCGGCCUGGAGCAGGCCAUAAUCGGCACCGAGCUGCUGCGGCUGGCGGGCGGCCCGAAUCGCGGAUGGUACCCGACCAGGAAGGCGAACCAGCCGCGGCCGGCCUCGAUCGAGCACCUGGAGCGGCUGAACAACGCCUACGACGCGCGGCUGCCGGGCGGCACCGGGGACCAGAGGAAGCCGCUCACCUUGCCCACGAACAUCACGCCCAACAAAUACUUCGGCCAAAGUAAGCACAGCUCCGCCUCCAGCACUCGCGAGGCGCUACGGAGGGUCACUAGCUUGCUCAUCAAGAAAGGAAGCGGCAACAAGGAUGGGAAGGGCAACAAGGACAACAGCUCACCCUCCGGUCCUUACGCUGAGAGAGAGAGAGAGAGAGAGAGAGAGAGAGAGAGAAAUAAAUCGAGAAUGGAGAAAUGCUUUUAUUUUCGUGCUACACAGAAAAAAAUCAAUAUCACAAUUCAAAACUCAUGUGAUGAAGUAAAUUUUUCUUUUAUUGAAAAUCAAACAUUAUUGCCUCUGAAUAAUAACACUUGUUUCCAUCAAAUAACAUUUUUUCCCCGUGUAGGACAUUUCCUCUAAGGACGUUGUAGCGGAGCUACAAUGACACCAGAGGUGUGAAAAAUGAAGACAGAAAUAAAACGUAAAGAUAAAAAUCAGAGAGAAAGAUCCUGAAACUCCUGUUGUUCGAACGGAAAGAAAAGAGACCCGUAGUUUGGCCACUGCGAGAACGGCAGAUGGCAAAACUCGCGAAGUCCGAAAGAGGCUCGUGCCCAGCGGAGACGUUUCGAGCGAGACGUUUCGACGCGCGAGAUCUUUAUUGAGAUCAUCGUCAGUUUCAGGCACGUCAUCGGGGGGCUACGCGCGCCCACGCCUUUCCAUCUCGCUCGGCACAAACAAAUGUCCUUCCUGUCGAUUAACGAAGAAGCGUCACCCUCCUCCUCUUUCUGUUCCGCCUCAAUUGACGCAGAAUAUCGAUUUGAAUCUCCCUCCCCCCCCCCCUCUCCUCGCGUUUCCCUUCCGAUAACUCACACACGGACGCACGUCCAUGCCGUGUAUUUUACAAUUUCCCGAUACAGAGAGAUCCCGAGGAAGGAAUCCUGGCGCUUCGGAGUGUGCGUUCGUGCGUGCAUGCGUGCGUGCGUUCGCAGCUCCGUCAGCUGACGGCUCCACGCGAGGAUGACUUUCCGAGUGGGUGAUGCGAGGAGGCCCCCCCACGGAGGUCCAUCGUGCUCCUCGGUCGGGUUUAAUGAACCCCGGGGUUCGAUGUCCCUCCGAAGGAAUCGACCACGGGUGAGAAUGAGGCCCCGGAAGAGCGCCGGCUGACGCGCCGCUUUAGAGACGCACGCGCGAUCACGACGAGAAUGACGAGGAGAAGGAGGAGGAGGAAGAGGAGGAGGAGGAGGACGAAAUGACGAUCACGACGACGAUGAUAAUUAGAACGAUGACGAAGACGUGGGAUACUCUCUCUCUCUCUCUUUUUCGGGACGCUGCGCGAGAGAUCCCUCGGACACACCCAAGAGCCCGCGUCUACAACGUCCUAUAUAGGUGCAACUAUCGGUAUUGAUCCGCACGCACGGCUCUCCUCCGCGCACAGGGCCAUCUUCCUUCCUUCCUUCCUUCCAUCCCUCGACCGUUCAUUGGCCCGCCGCACCAACACGUCGCUCUCGUCUCUCUAUCUCUCGUUUUCUCUCUGUCGGUCGUGUUUUCCUUCUCUCUCUUUCUCUCUCUUUCUCUCUCUUUUGGUUCUGCCUCACCCUUCGACGCAGCUCUCCGCGACUUCAAUCGCGGGUCAAUCACUGUCUCGACUUCCGGGAUAUUCAGCUGAAAAAGUCCGGCGAAUUUGUCCGGAUCGCGUCGUAUCGCGCGGAGCUUCAGCGUUGAACCGACCAGCUGACUUGCGAGAUGACGUCGUGCAGGACUCCCGAGAUAUCGAAUGUGAGUUUCGAGUCAGCGUGCAUCUGCGUGUGUUAAGUGCACCCUGGUCUCACCCUUCUACGCGACGUCGACGAAUCACAGGCGUGAUCGCGACGCAAAGCUAUCGAGGAUGAGGUGCGCAACGGUAUCGCGAAUAUCGUUGUUAUUCCUUCGAGGGGAUGCUGAAAGCAUGUUCUUUUGUAAACAUUCGUUCGUUUUCAGGAUCGGCGUUCAUCAAGAUCGCCUUGGAAAUUCGUCCUGCCUUAAACGGGAAUUUUUCUCCGAUUUUUGGGACUAAAAAUCUGAGACUUGAGCUUGCGUUGGGUGUGUGUGUGUGUGUGUUUUUUUCAUUUACGCAACGCUAGAGCGCGAGGAGCUUCCGUAAAUUGGAUGCAGAGAGGCGCUGCGGUUUUCCCGACGUGAAAAUCGAGAUUCCAUUGCGUUCGCGAAAUCAAUGUCGCGUCAUGUGCGUGCAAACGCACUGUUCGUUGAAGAAUUAACGUCCGCCCGGCAAUUAUGCAGACGCGGGCUCGAUUCCCGCGCGAAAUGCAAAGCACGAGCGUAGAAAGCGACCUCGUGCAGGGUGUCUGCUAAUUGCCGCCGCAGCUGGAAAAGUAUUGAUUCGUUGUCGAGUUGGAGCAGGUCGAUCGCGCGGGAGUAAUGUUCUGGCGAAAGCAGCGCGAGUUCCUACAGUUUCUUCUUCCAAUCUAUCGUGUAAUUUUACGGCAGACGCCUCGCCGGUGAUGAAAUUAUCUACGUCUCUCUCUUAAAUUUAAGAGAGAUCCGAGGAGGACGACGAGGAUUCGAGAGACGGGCAUGAAGCAAGGAAGGAUUCUUCGCUCGCACAUUUUAAAGGAAAUACAAGUCAUCAAUAUUUUCUCGAACGAAACUGAAUAUUUCUCCGAGGUGUUUCGUUGAGCAGAGAAAUUAAUCCGACAUCUCGCAAUAUCGGAGACGUUUAUUUAAUACAUCAAUUUAAAACGUACGUGGACAUUUCAUUCGCGAGUCUUUAUCAUGUUCGGCCUGCGAAGACAUCUUCGUCCCGUUCUAGACGUUCUAUUCGCCGUGUCGUAACAGUUCAACCGACACUAUCAGACGAGAUCCGAGGAAAAUAAUUUUCGCGUUAUUUCAGCUUAAUAUGUUGAGCGCCGUAUCACCCCCCGUAUCUGGGUGACACGUGAAUCUCUACAGAAAUCCCGACACCCAUUUGCGGGUGACGGGUUUUAUCUGCCUGAUGAAUGAUUUUAU